CUUUCUGUGUGUUGGCUUAUGUGGAUGAGAACGGCUGCUAUCAACAUCUCCUCAUAAAAUUUAUGUUUUAGCUGUUAUUAUCGCAGAUGCUUCGGCAUCAUGGCUGACAAUAGUGACACAGAAAGUCAGAGUACCCAGGCUGUCGCAGAUGUGACAGUUUUGAUUGAUUAUUUACGUAAAAUCGUACCAUUACUGCUGGAAGAUGGAGAGCCGUCUGCUGCGUUGGACAACGCCCUUGCCAGCAGAGUGCACCAGGAAUACAUGAAAAAGUUCCUGUCAGAUGUUCAAUCCCCGAGUCUACUUAUUGCGAGAAGUGUUACCAAAGAUGAAGAGGAAGAGGAGAAUACAGACUCUCCCGAUGCCCCGGGAGAGGAGCCAGAGGUUACAUACACUGUGGGUAUUGAGGUUCAAUUCUUUAACAGCAAGAUGGCAAGUUUGGUGUUCCUGAAGAAAGGUCUGAUAAUCGAUGCAGACAAGUCUAUCUCAAGUCAGCUUCGUGUUAUCAAUCUUAGUGAAGGCUCUCCAUUUGAGACCCUCCAUGCCUACGUCAGCACGGCAGUUGCACCUUACUUCAAGUCUUAUGUGAGAGCAUCUGGAAAAGUAGACAGGGAUGGAGAUAAGAUGGCGCCCUCUGUUGAGAAGAAGAUUGCUGAGCUUGAGAUGGGUCUUCUUCACCUUCAGCAGAACAUUGAUAUCCCUGAUGUAACCCUUACCAUCAAUCCAGUCGUUUCCACCAUGAUCAGGAAGUGUGGUGACGAAGGUCGUAAGCCCAAGGUCAUAGACUUUGCUGAUAAGGCUGAGGAUUCAACCUUCCUCAACACUCUACAGCAUGGAGUCAAUCGAUGGAUCAGGGAAAUACAAAAGGUGACCAAACUAGACAGAGAUCCAGCCUCCGGCACCGCCCUCCAGGAGAUCAGCUUCUGGCUCAAUCUGGAACGUGCUUUGCUCAAGAUCCAGGAGAAGAGAGAGAGUCCUGAAGUGGCCUUGACCCUAGACAUCCUGAAGCACGGCAAGCGCUUCCAUGCUACAGUCAGUUUUGACACUGAUACUGGUCUGAAGCAAGCUCUUGCAACCGUUGCCAACUACAGUCCGUUGAUGAAAGACUUCCCCCUCAACGAUCUCCUGUCUGCCACUGAGCUAGACCGCAUCCGCCAAGCUCUGGUGGCAAUCUUCCUCCACCUUCGUAAGAUCCGUAACACCAAGUACCCCAUCCAGCGUGCCCUUCGUCUGGUAGAGGCCAUCUCUAGGGAUCUCAGCUCUCAGCUGCUGAAGGUCCUUGGUACCCGUCGCUUGAUGCACAUCAGCCACGAGGAGUUUGAGAAGGUGAUGAAUGCUUGCUUUGAAGUGUUCGGUAGAUGGGAUGACGAGUAUGAGAAGCUCCAAUCGCUCCUGAGAGAUAUUGUCAAGAAGAAGAGAGAGGACAGUCUCAAGAUGGUAUGGAGGGUCAACCCGGCUCACAAGAAACUACAGAGUAGACUGGAACAGAUGAGGAAAUUCCGUCGCCAGCAUGAGCAGCUUCGAGCAGUGAUCGUCCGCGUGCUGCGUCCAGCUGUCACUGCUCCGGUGCCUACCAGUAGUCCUGGAGCCACUCCAAGUGAGGAACCAUCCCAAGCUAAACUCAAUGAACUCAUGAUGGACUCAGCUGAUGCAAAUGCCAUAGAGGAAGUGAACCUAGCCUAUGAGAAUGUGAAGGAGGUUGACGGUUUGGAUGUAAGCAAGGAAGGCGGUGAAGCAUGGGAGGCAGCCAUGAAGCGAUACGACGAGAGGAUCGACCGGGUUGAGACCCGUAUCACAGCUCGUCUCCGUGACCAGCUUGGCACGGCUAAGAAUGCCAAUGAGAUGUUCCGUAUCUUCUCUCGCUUCAAUGCCCUGUUCGUCCGGCCUCACAUCCGUGGUGCUAUCAGGGAAUACCAGACCCAGCUGAUUCAGAGGGUCAAGGAUGACAUUGAGUCACUGCAUGACAAGUUCAAGGUCCAAUACCCACAGAGUAAGGCAUGUAAGAUGAGCAAAGUGAGAGAUCUACCACCUGUUUCUGGAUCCAUCAUCUGGGCUAGACAGAUUGACCGUCAGCUUGGAGCCUACAUGCAUCGUGUAGAGGAUGUCCUUGGUAAAGGAUGGGAGAACCAUGUAGAGGGUCAGAGACUCAAGGCUGAUGGCGAUAGCUUUAGGGCCAAGCUGGACACACAAGAGCUCUUUGAUGAAUGGUCAAGGAAGGUUCAAAUGCGCCAGCUUGGUGUAUCGGGAAAGAUCUUCACCAUUGAGACCAUCAGAGCCAGGACCGGUGUCAAGUCUGCUAACUCACUCAGACUCAAAGUCAACUUCCUACCAGACAUCAUCACCCUCUCCAAAGAGGUGCGCAACCUGAAGUGGAUGGGAUUCCGUGUCCCUCUGGCUAUCAUCAACAAAGCCCAUCAGGCCAACCAGCUCUACCCGUUCGCUAUCUCCCUCAUCGAAAGUGUACGCACAUACGAACGCACCAAUGAGAAGGUUGAAGAGCGCUGUUCUAUCGUCCUCCUGGUUGCUGGUUUGAAGAAGGAUGUCCAAGGACUCAUCUCAGAGGGAUCUCACCUUGCCUGGGAGUCCUACAAACUUGACAACUAUGUACAGAAGCUUGCUGAAUCAGUCUUCAACUACCAAGAGAAGGUGGAUGACCUUCUUGUCAUCGAGGAGAGGAUCGAUGAGGAAGUCCAUGCUCUUGACACAUGCCAGUAUGCACCACUCAUCCUAGCUGAGAUCAUGAGUCGAGUACAGAAGGCAGUCGAUGAUCUGAGUCUUCACUCAUACUCCAACCUCCCACAAUGGGUGGCCAAACUUGAUCUUGAGGUUGAGAAGCGCCUAGCCAAGCGUCUAGAGGCUGGCAUCCGAGCCUGGACCAAAUGUCUGCUAGGUGAAGACCGACAAGCUAUGGAAGACAACAUGGAUACAGAUGGACCAGCUAAAGUCAGACCAGGAGGAGAUCCCAAGAUCACUGGUCUGAUCCAUGAGAUUCGCAUCACCAACCAAGUGAUGUACCUGUCACCCCCUGUAGAAGAAGCACGCUAUCAGCUCAUGCAACAACUCUUCCAGUGGGAAGGUAUCAUCAUCAACCAGAGGAGGCUAGAAAGCUCCAGAUACCAGGUUGGUGUAGAGCAGCAUGAAUCAAGCAAGGCACAGAUCUACCGAAACCUUCUGUGCAAGCUGCCUGAUGGUCCAGUAGUUCUGGAAGAAGCCUACCAAGCCAUCGAGAAGAUCCUCAAACGAGUCCAAGACUACGUCAAGGAAUGGCUCCAGUUCCAGUCCCUAUGGGACAUGCAGCCUCACAAUGUGUAUGACCGGGUCGGUGAUGACAUGAACAAGUGGAUGAUGCUUCUACAACAAAUCAGACAAUCUCGUACCACCUUUGACAACGCUGAGACCAGGAAGGAGUUUGGACCCAUCGUGGUGGAGUAUGGCAAGGUCCAAUCAAAGGUGAACAUGAAGUAUGACUCAUGGCACAAGGAGAUCCUGAGCAAGUUUGGUAGCAUGCUGGGUAACCAGAUGACAGAGUUCCAUGGUGCUGUCUCCAAGUCUCGCACUGAUCUUGAGCAGCAUUCUGUAGACACAGCCAGCACAUCUGAUGCCGUCAGCUUCAUCACCUACGUCCAGAACCUCAAGCGCAAGUACCGUGCCUGGGAGAAGCAGGUUGAGAGCUACCGAGGUGGCCAGAAGCUGCUUGAACGUCACCGCUACCAGUUCCCAACCAACUGGCUCUACGUGGACAACAUUGAAGGAGAGUGGGGAGCGUACAAUGAGAUCAUGAAGCGCAAGGAAGCAGCUAUCCAGACACAGGUUGCUAGUCUUCAGAUGAAGAUUGUUGCUGAGGAUAGAUCCGUAGAAGCUAGGACUGCUGAGCUCCUGGCCGAGUGGGACAAGGGCAAACCAAUCCAGGGUGACCUGAAACCUGACGCAGCAACCAACAGCUUGUGGAUCUUUGAGGGCAAGUUCACACGCCUCAAGGAGGACAGGGACAAUGUAGCCAAGGCCAAGGAAGCUCUGGAGCUCCAGGAACUUGGUACCGUGAGUGCCAGUGAAGAGAGAGUCCAGGUAGCACUAGAAGAGCUCCAAGAUCUGAAAGGAGUCUGGUCAGAGCUGCAGAAGAUCUGGGAACAGAUCGAUGAACUCAAGGAGAAACCAUGGCUCUCUGUUGCUCCACGCAAGCUUCGUCAAAGCAUUGACACCCUGACAAAUGGACUGAAGGCCCUUCCAUCGAGACUGAGGCAGUACUCAUCCUAUGAACAUGUCCAGAAAGUCCUCAAGGGAUAUGCUAAGGUGAACAUGCUUGUCACAGAGCUGAAGUCUGAAGCACUGAAGGAACGUCACUGGAAGCAGCUGAUGCGCAAACUGAGGGUCAACUGGGUCCUGUCUGAACUGACCCUUGGACAGAUCUGGGAUGUAGACCUUCAGAGGAAUGAGCCAAUCGUCAGAGACAUCAUCAUGGUCGCUCAGGGUGAGAUGGCCCUGGAAGAAUUCUUGAAACAGGUGCGUGAAUCGUGGCAGAGCUACGAGCUGGACCUCAUCAACUUCCAGAACAAAUGUCGCAUCAUCCGAGGAUGGGAUGAUCUCUUCAACAAAGCCAAGGAACACAUCAACAGUGUGGCUGCCAUGAAGCUAUCUCCCUACUACAAGGUCUUUGAGGAAGAAGCACUGACCUGGGAGGAGAAGCUGAACCGUAUCAAUGCUCUGUUUGACGUGUGGAUAGAUGUCCAGAGAAGAUGGGUGUACCUAGAAGGUAUCUUCUCAGGAUCGGCUGAUAUCAAGCAUCUACUGCCAGUAGAGACGCAGAGAUUCUCAAGCAUCAGCACUGAGUUCCUAGCUCUGAUGAAGAAGGUGUCCAAGGCACCUCUUGUCUUGGAUGUGGUCAACAUACCUGGAGUACAGCGCUCCCUGGAGAGACUGGCUGACCUACUGGGCAAGAUCCAGAAGGCUCUCGGAGAGUACCUUGAGCGAGAGAGGGCCUCCUUCCCAAGAUUCUACUUUGUAGGAGAUGAGGACUUGCUGGAGAUCAUCGGUAACAGCAAGAACGUAGAGAAACUCCAGAAGCAUUUCAAGAAGAUGUUUGCUGGGGUAUCUACCCUCAAUCUGAGUGAGGAUUGCACUCUAGUCCUCGGUAUUGCAUCACGUGAGGGAGAGGAGGUGGUCUUCAAGACACCAGUUUCCAUCAAGGAGCACCCUAAGAUCAAUGAAUGGUUGACCUUGGUAGAGAACGAGAUGAGAGUCACUCUGGCUAAGAGUCUAGCUACUGCUGUAUCAGGCAUAGCACAGUUCAAGGAAGGAGACAUCGAACCGGAGAAGUAUCUGACAUGGGUCGAUCAGUAUCAGGCCCAACUGGUGGUGCUAUCAGCCCAGAUCUCCUGGUCAGAGAGCACAGAGAAAGCUCUAGCAGCUGUAGAGAAGGCCGGAGGAAAGGACAUGAAACCAGUAGAGGGUGUCCUACAGACUGUCAACAAGACCCUUCAAGUUCUAGCUGACUCAGUCCUCCAGGAACAACCAGCUGUCAGGAGGAAGAAACUUGAACAUCUGAUCACCGAACUGGUCCACCAACGUGACGUUACUCGCAAGAUGAUCCAGGACAAAGUCGCUGGACCCAAUGACUUCCAGUGGCUGUCCCAGAUGCGCUUUUACUUCGAUCCCAAGCACUCAGAUGUACUUCAGAUGCUGAGUAUCCAGAUGGCCAAUGCCCGCUUCAACUACGGCUUUGAGUACCUUGGUGUCCAGGACAAGCUUGUCCAGACACCACUGACUGACCGUUGCUACCUGACCAUGACACAGGCCCUUGAAGGACGUCUGGGAGGAUCACCAUUCGGUCCUGCUGGUACAGGGAAAACUGAGUCUGUCAAGGCUCUUGGACAUCAGCUGGGUCGCUUCGUCCUCGUCUUCAACUGUGAUGAACGAUUCGACUUCCAGGCUAUGGGUCGUAUCUUUGUUGGUCUAUGUCAAGUUGGAGCAUGGGGAUGCUUUGAUGAGUUCAAUCGUCUAGAGGAGAGGAUGUUGUCAGCUGUCUCUCAACAGAUCCAGACCAUCCAGGAAGCUCUCAAAGAACAGCUCUUGGAUGGCAAGAAGGGUGAACAGAUCUUGGUGGAGCUGGUGGGCAAGCAAGUGAAGGUCAACCCAGACAUGGCCAUCUUCAUCACCAUGAACCCUGGUUACGCUGGCCGGUCUAACCUACCUGAUAACCUCAAGAAACUCUUCCGUAGUUUGGCCAUGACCAAACCGAAUCGUCAGCUCAUCUCACAGGUCAUGCUCUACUCACAGGGAUUCAGGACCGCUGAGAAGCUCGCCUCCAAGGUUGUGCCAUUCUUCCAGCUUUGUGAUGAACAGCUGUCAUCUCAGUCUCACUAUGACUUUGGCUUACGAGCCUUGAAGAAUGUACUAGUGAGUGCUGGUAAUGUCAAGAGAGAUCACAUCCAACGUGUCAAGGAACAGAGAGCCGAGAGAGGAGAGGAUGUAGAUGAAGGUUCUAUUACAGAGAAUCUCCCUGAACAAGAGAUCCUUAUCCAGAGUAUCUGUGAGACGAUGGUUCCCAAGCUGAUAGCUGAAGACAUCCCAUUGCUCUACAACCUACUCUCGGAUGUAUUCCCAGGUAUCAGCUACACCCAAGCUGAGAUGAAGGGACUAAGAAGGGAAUUGGCCAAGGUCUGCGAAGAGAUGCAUCUCACCUAUGGUGAAGGAGAUGAAAUUGGAACAUCGUGGGUUGAAAAGGUUCUUCAGCUGUACCAGAUCUCCAACCUGAACCAUGGUCUGAUGAUGGUAGGCCCCAGUGGUAGUGGUAAGAGUAUGGCCUGGCGUGCACUGCUCAAGGCUCUGGAGAGACUUGAAGGUAUCGAGGGUGUGGCACAGGUCAUUGACCCCAAGGCUAUCUCCAAGGAAGAUCUCUAUGGUACCUUGGAUCCUAACACCAGGGAAUGGACGGAUGGUCUCUUCACACACUUCCUCAGAAAGAUCAUUGACAACGUUCGCGGUGAGAUCAACAAACGUCAAUGGAUCAUCUUUGAUGGUGAUGUUGAUCCUGAAUGGGUUGAGAAUCUCAACAGCGUACUUGAUGAGAACAAGCUUCUCACACUACCCAAUGGAGAACGUCUUGGCAUACCUCCAAAUGUGCGUAUCAUGUUUGAGGUCCAGGACCUACGCUUUGCGACCCUGGCUACAGUCACCCGAUGUGGUAUGGUGUGGUUCAGUGAGGAUGUACUCAGUACUGAACUCAUCUUUGAGAACUUCCUGACCAAGCUUCGCUGUGUACCCCUGGAGGAAGGAGAGGAUUCCUAUAAAAGCAGAGAGGCUGGAGAUAAGGAGGAUGUACUGUCACCCGUCAUGCAGGUUCAAGUUGACUCUGCGAAUGUGCUUGGACCUCACUUCAGCUCCGAUGGUGUGGUGAUACGAUGCUUGGAGUAUGCUGCUAAGCAAGACCAGCACAUCAUGGACUUUACUCGCCUGAGGGCGCUCAACUCUCUCUUCUCUAUGCUUCAUCAGUGUGUCCGCAACAUCAUCCAGUACAACCACACACACAGUGACUUCCCCAUGCAGCAAGAUCAACUGGAGAAGUAUGUAUCUCGUUACCUGAUCCAUGCUCUCCUCUGGUCGUUCACUGGGGAUAGUAAGAUGAAAGCCAGACAGGAGUUUGGUGAUUUCAUCCGGGGUAUCACCACCAUACCACUACCACCUCAACAGACUGUACCCAUCAUUGACUUUGAGGUAUCUAUAUCCGGUGAAUGGGUUCCAUGGCAGUCUAAGGUACCCCAGAUUGAGGUAGAGACUCACAAGGUAGCUGCCCCUGACGUUGUGGUACCUACCCUUGACACUGUUCGUCAUGAAGCACUCCUGUACACCUGGCUAGCGGAGCACAGACCUAUGGUGCUGUGUGGACCACCUGGUAGUGGAAAGACUAUGACAUUGUUCAGUGCACUCAGGGCCCUGCCUGACAUGGAGGUUGUUGGAUUGAACUUCUCCAGUGCUACAACCCCAGAGCUGAUGCUGAAGACCUUUGAUCACUACUGCGAGUACAGACGUACUCCUAAUGGAGUCGUACUAGCCCCAGUCCAGCUGGGCAAGUGGCUAGUAGUCUUCUGUGAUGAGAUCAAUCUACCGGACAUGGAUCAAUACGGAACACAGAGAGUCAUCUCCUUCUUGCGUCAGAUGUUAGAGCAUGGUGGCUUCUACCGAACAUCAGAUCAGGCUUGGGUUAGGUUUGAACGCAUCCAGUUUGUCGGUGCUUGCAACCCUCCAACAGAUCCAGGCAGAAAACCACUAUCCCACAGGUUCCUGCGUCAUGUGCCGGUAGUAUACGUGGACUACCCAGGUCCAGCAUCACUGACCCAGAUCUAUGGAACAUUCAACCGUGCCCUGCUCCGUCUCAUCCCAAGCCUGCGUACCUAUGCUGAACCUCUUACCAAUGCUAUGGUGGAGUUCUACACAAUCUCACAAGAGCGCUUCACUCAAGACAUGCAGCCUCACUACAUCUACAGUCCUCGUGAGAUGACCCGUUGGGUGCGUGGCAUCGUUGAAGCACUGCGCCCUCUAGAGUCUCUGUCUGUAGAGGGUCUGGUCCGCAUCUGGGCUCAUGAGGCUCUACGUCUCUUCCAAGACAGGCUUGUUGAGGAUGAGGAGAGGAUGUGGACUGAUCAGAACAUUGAUGCGGUUGCUAUGAAACACUUCCCCAACAUCACCAAGAAAGAAGCUCUUGGUCGACCAAUCCUCUUCAGUAACUGGCUGUCCAAGGAUUACAUUCCAGUUGACCAGGAGGAGCUCAGAGACUAUGUCAAAGCCAGACUCAAGGUGUUCUAUGAGGAGGAGUUGGAUGUACCUCUGGUUCUGUUCAAUGAAGUCUUGGACCAUGUUCUUCGUAUCGACAGAAUCUUCAGACAACCACAGGGUCACUUGCUUCUGAUUGGAGUGAGCGGUGCAGGAAAGACAACCCUGUCACGCUUUGUAGCCUGGAUGAAUGGUCUCAGCAUCGUUCAAGUCAAGGUUCAUAACAAGUACACAGCAGCAGACUUUGAUGAGGACCUGAGAGUUGUACUCCGUAGAGCUGGUUGUAAGGAUGAGAAGAUUGCUUUCAUCAUGGACGAAUCUAAUGUCUUGGAUUCUAGCUUCCUGGAGAGGAUGAAUACACUGCUAGCCAAUGGAGAGGUUCCAGGUCUGUUUGAAGGAGAUGAAUACACUAUGCUGAUGACCCAGUGCAAGGAAGGUGCCCAGAGGUUGGGUCACAUGCUGGAUUCCACUGAAGAACUCUACAAGUGGUUCACCGGUCAGGUCAUCCGCAACCUCCAUGUGGUCUUCACCAUGAAUCCAUCAUCAGAAGGCCUCAAGGACAGGGCUGCGACAUCACCUGCCCUCUUCAACAGGUGUGUGUUGAACUGGUUUGGAGAUUGGACCACCCAUGCCCUCUUCCAAGUUGGUAAAGAGUUUACCAACAAGGUUGACUUGGACAAGUCUGAUUACAUCCCACCAGACUAUCUGCCUGUAGCCUAUGAGGGUGUUGCCCAGAACCCCACCCAUCGCGAUGCCAUCGUCAAUGCCUUUGUGUUUGUCCACCUGACAUUGCACCAAGCCAACCAGAGACUCCAGAAGAGAGGUGGGCGUGUCAUGGCCAUCACUCCGAGACAUUACCUGGACUUCAUCAAUCACUAUGUCAAGCUGUACACUGAGAAGCGUUCUGACCUGGAGGAGCAGCAGCUCCAUCUCAACGUUGGUCUCCAGAAGAUCAAGGAGACUGUGGAACAGGUGGAGGAGCUCCAGAAGAGCCUUGCACUCAAGAGCCAGGAGCUAGAGGCCAAGAAUGCUGCUGCUAAUGCCAAGCUCAAGCAGAUGGUGAAAGAUCAACAAGAAGCAGAGCAGAAGAAGGUCACCAGUCAAGAGAUCCAGCAGACUUUAGCUGAACAGACCAAACACAUCGCUGAGAAACGUAAAGAUGUCAUGUCAGACCUCUCAAAGGUAGAACCAGCUGUCAAAGAUGCACAGCAAGCUGUGAAGGGCAUCAAGAAGCAGAACCUGGUUGAGAUCCGAUCCAUGGGUAACCCUCCUCAGAUGGUAAGAUUGGCCUUGGAGUCCAUCUGUAUCCUCCUGGGUGAAUCCGCUGCUGACUGGAAGACCAUCAGACAGGUCGUCAUCAAGGAUAACUUCAUCAGCACCAUCGUCAACUUCUCAACCGAGGACAUCUCUGAUGACAUCCGAGGCAAGAUGCAGAAGUAUCUGAGCAAUGCUGACUACAACUUUGAGAAGAUCAACAGGGCUAGUGUGGCCUGUGGUCCAUUGGUCAAGUGGGCUAUUGCUCAGAUCAAUUUCUCUGAGAUGUUGAAGCGAGUGGAGCCUCUUCGGAAUGAGCUUGAACGCCUUGAGGUUGAAGCCAACGGUAACAAGAUGAAGCAAGAGGAAGUCAACAAACUGAUCAGUCAUCUAGAACGUUCCAUUGCUCAUUACAAAGAAGAGUAUGCUCAGCUGAUUAGCCAGGCUCAAGCUAUCAAGACAGACCUGGAGAACGUACAGAUCAAGGUUGACCGUAGUACAGCCCUGUUGCGCAGUCUGUCCGUCGAGGGAGAACGUUGGGAGGCCGGUAGUGAAUCGUUCAAGAUGCAGAUGUCCACCAUCUUGGGUGAUGUCCUGCUUUCAUCAGCCUUCAUGGCUUACGCUGGUUACUUUGAUCAGAUGAUGAGACAGAAUCUCUUCAACAGCUGGGCCGGCCAUCUUCAGAAGGCUCGCAUCAAGUUCAGGCAUGACAUUGCCAGGGUUGAGUAUCUAUCCAACGCUGAUGAGCGUCUCCACUGGCAUGCUAGUUCCCUACCUUCAGAUGAUCUGUGUACUGAGAAUGCCAUCAUGUUGAAGAGAUUCAAUAGAUACCCAUUGAUCAUUGAUCCAUCGGGACAGGCUACAGAGUUCAUCAUGAAUGAAUACAGAGAGAAGAAGAUCACAAAGACCAGUUUCUUGGAUGAUGCCUUCCGCAAGAACUUGGAGAGCUCUCUCAGGUUUGGAAACCCGUUGCUGGUUCAGGAUGUUGAGAACUAUGAUCCCAUCCUGAACCCUGUUCUGAAUCGUGAAGUACGUCGUACUGGUGGGCGUGUCCUCAUCAGUCUAGGUGACCAGGACAUUGAUCUCUCACCAUCGUUCAUGAUCUUCCUCUCAACCAGAGAUCCAACGGUUGAGUUCCCACCAGACAUCUGCUCUCGUGUGACCUUUGUCAACUUCACUGUGACCCGUAGCAGUCUCCAGAGCCAGUGCCUCAAUGAGGUACUGAAAGCAGAGCGUCCUGAUGUAGAUGAAAAGAGAUCCGAUCUUCUCAAGCUUCAAGGUGAAUUCCAUCUUCGUCUUCGUCAUCUUGAGAAAUCUCUCCUCCAAGCUCUCAAUGAUGCCAAGGGAAGAAUCUUAGAUUCAGACAGUAUCAUUACCACACUGGAGACUCUGAAGAAGGAAGCCGCGGAGGUAACCCGUAAGGUAGAGGAGACAGACCAGGUCAUGGCUGAGGUUGAGAUGGUAUCUCAACAAUACCUCUCACUUGCACAGUCAUGUAGUAGUAUCUACUUCACCCUGGAAGCACUAAACCUGGUGCACUUCUUGUACCAGUACUCACUGAAGUUCUUCUUAGACAUCUUCCACUCUGUACUGUGUGAGAAUCCUCGUCUUCAAGGUGUCACUGAUUACUCUUCUAGACUAUCUAUCAUCAUCAAGGAUCUCUUCCAGAUCUCGUACAACCGUGUAGCCCGAGGUAUGCUGCAUCAGGAUCACCUUGUGUUUGCUGUGGUCCUGUGUAGAAUCCACAUCAGAGGAAUGCAGAGUGAGAGGGAUUACAAUCAGGAGUUUGAGCACUUCCUCCGAGGGUCUGACCAAACCCUCCGUUCUACACCUGUACCUAAGAUAGAGGGACUCACCAACGACCAAUCAGACUCCAUGAUGAGACUUGCUAAGCUACCUGCGUUUGAAGGCCUACCAGACUUUGUUUCAUCUAGAAGUGAUUUUGCCAAGUGGUUGAACUCCCAGAAUCCUGAGCAUUCAGUCCCUCAAUGCUGGAAGGAGGCAACCCCAUUCACUGGUAUUGGUAAAUCUCUCCAUCACUUGCUGCUGCUACAAGCCUUCCGACCUGACAGACUGCUUGCAUCCAUGCAGAUCUUUGUCAAUGCCGUGUUUGGAGAACAUUUCCUACAUGCUGCUGAGGUGGAAAUGGACUUGGCCAAUGUCGUAGAGUCUGAGCUGAAGAGUAAUACCCCCGUGUUGAUGUGCUCAGUACCUGGUUAUGAUGCUAGCUGGCGUGUAGAUGAUAUGGCUGCUGAGCUCAAUAAGACCAUCUCUUCCAUCGCCAUUGGAUCUGCAGAGGGAUUCAGUCAGGCUGAGAAGGUCAUCAACUCUUCAACCAAGACUGGAAAAUGGGUGAUGUUGAAGAAUGUGCACCUUGCUCCUCAAUGGUUGGUCCAACUAGAGAAGAAGCUUCACAGUCUCUCACCGCACCCUAACUUCCGUCUUUUCCUCACCAUGGAGAUCAAUCCCAAGGUACCUGUCAACCUCCUUCGUGCUGGACGUAUCUUUGUCUUUGAACCACCUCCUGGAGUGAAGGCUAAUCUCCUGAGGACAUUCAGCACUGUUCCAGUCUCUCGCAUGAACAAGGCUCCUAGCGAGAGAGCGCGUCUGUACUUCCUCCUCGCGUGGCUUCAUGCUAUGAUCCAGGAACGUCUGGUCUACACACCACUGGGAUGGGCCAAGAAGUAUGAAUUCAGCGAGUCGGAUCUGCGCUGUGCUUGUGACACUCUCGAUAUCUGGAUUGAUACUGUUGCCAAGGGUCGAUCCAACCUACCACCCAACAAGGUCCCAUGGGAUGCUAUGAAGACACUCCUCUCACAAUGCAUCUAUGGAGGACGCAUUGACAAUGACUUUGAUCAGCGCCUGCUGUCAGCUUUUGUUGAGAAGCUGUUCAACGCGAAGAGCUUUGAUUCUGACUUCCCUCUCAUCCCAGAUGUUGAAGGAAAGACCAUCUUCAUGCCAGAAGGAAUCAGACGUGAGCAAUUUGUCCAGUGGGUUGAGGCCCUCCCUGACAACCAGACACCAUCUUGGUUAGGUCUACCCAACAAUGCAGAGAAGCUUCUACUUACCACCCAAGGAAUCAGUUUGAUUGGCAAGCUGCUCAAGAUGCAAACCCUUGAAGAUGAGGAAGAUUUCAUGCAAGGCGGUGGCGGACUGGAAGAGAAGCAGGAGAGAGUCCGUCAUGCUUCUGAUGGCCGUCCAGCAUGGAUGCGUACACUCCAUGCAUCAGCUGCCAACUGGCUGUCACUCGUACCCAAGAAACUGACGUUGCUGAAACGUACAGCUGACAACAUCAAGGACCCAUUGUUCAGAUUUUUUGAGAGAGAGGUGAAUCAUGGCAACCAGCUGCUGAUGGACGUCCGUAGUGACCUCAACGAUGUCCUAGCCGUGUGUCAGGGUAAGAAGAAACAGACCAACAAUGACCGAGCAUUGAUCAGUAACCUUGCCAAAGGUAUCCUGCCUCGUCGUUGGAACCGCUUCACCGUACCAGCUGGAUUGACUGUCAUCCAGUGGGUAUCUGACUUCAGUGACCGCAUCAACCAGCUGCAGAAGAUAUCAUUGGCAACCACAUCUGGUGGCUCCAAAGAACUCAAGAACCAGUGUGUAUGGUUAGGAGGCUUGUUCACCACUGAAGCAUACAUCACAGCCACAAGACAGUAUGUAGCUCAAGCUAACAGCUGGCCUCUUGAAGAACUCUACCUUGAGGUGACUGUAUCAGAUCCAGGAUCUCAGUUGAAACUUGAUGACUGCAGCUUUGCUGUUUCGGGUUUGAAACUGCAAGGAGCAAUAUGCAAGGAGAACAAGAUCCAUCUGACCACCACCAUCUCCUCAGAUCUACCCCAGACCAGUCUGAGAUGGAUACAUGUCGAGAGUGGUAGUACCCCCAACCUAACAGGGAUGGUGAGGCUGCCAGUCUACUUGAACCAGACUCGAGCUGAUCUCCUGUUCACCCUUGAUAUGACCAUGGGUGGAGAUUCUAAGAAUGAACUCACCUUCUACGAGAGGGGCGUGGCCCUUCUCUGCUCUGGUCUCUCUGCUUAGGAGAGGCCUUUGAUAUGACCAUGGGCGGAGAUUCUACCAGUAAUCUCACUUUUUAUGAGGGGGGCGUGGCCCUUGUCUAAUCUGGCCUCUCUGCUUAUAGAAACUUAAAUAUUCAGCGGACAUUUCCUCUUUUUUGUGUCUAAGUGCAUUUAUUUUAUCACUUUCUUUGACUCUGUACUGCACCAAUUGAAUAAGAAAUUAUUUGAAAGGAGAAAAGGUUUCUGAGUAACAUGAUCGUCAAAAA